CCUCAGCGCCUUCCCUGCGGCCUCCUCUCGAAGGGAGAAAAUGGAGGAGGAGGAGGAGGGCGGCAGGCUCGUCGUCGUCUCCACAGGGGCUAAAGCCGGCAGCUGACGGGAGGGAGAUGAUGUAGGCCCCGGGGAGCCUCGGCUGUGGACUGUUUUUAGGAACCGCUAGCGCUGAGAGGUACCAUGGGGAACACCAGUUUGAAGUGAAAGAAGAACGAUUAACAGAAGCGAUGAAGAUACCAAAACUGUUCUAUGCUUUUGCACUUUUCACAUGUGCUGCUAUUUAUGUUGUAUACAUAAAAUGGAAUUUGAAUUUAAAAACAAAAGAUACUCCUGAUGACCUGAAAAACCAACUUGAAAGUCAGACAGGAGGAACAGAUCAGAUGAUUUCUUAUGGUAUCAUGUUUGAUGCUGGAAGCACUGGGACACGUGUACAUGUAUUUCAGUUCUCACAGAAACCAAAAGAAAUUCCUAGACUAAUUCAUGCCACAUUCAAAGCUAUAAAGCCAGGACUCUCUGCAUAUGCUGAUGAUGUUGAUAAGUGUGCCGAAGGAAUAAAUGAGCUAUUGACAGUUGCUAAAGAUGAUGUCCCUAUGGAGUUGUGGAAGUCUACCCCUUUGGUCCUUAAAGCAACAGCUGGUUUAAGACUAUUGCCAGGAGAAAAGGCACAGAAAUUGUUGGAUAAGGUGAAAGAUGUUUUUCAAGAGUCUCCAUUCUUUGUGAGGAACGACUAUGUCUCCAUAAUGGAUGGGACAGAUGAAGGAAUUUCUGCAUGGAUUACUGUCAACUUUUUAACAGAUAGUUGGAAUGUCCCAGGACAGAAAUGUGUAGGAAUGCUGGACUUAGGAGGUGGAUCAACUCAGAUCACAUUUUGCCCACGCACCAAGACCACUCUAGAGAACACCUCUGCUAGUCACAUCACUUCUUUUCAGAUGUUUAACUCCACAUACCAACUGUAUUCAUAUAGUUAUCUGGGACUUGGCUUAAUGUCAGCACGACUGGGUAUUUUAGGAGGAGUUGAAGGAGAAGCCUUAAAAGAAGAUGAAGAAUUAACAAGUACCUGCUUAUCACCUGACUUCCAGGGUGAAUGGGAACAUGCUAAGAUAAUGUAUAAAAUUAAAGGGCAGAAUGCAGGAAAGUCUCUCUUUGAAUCAUGUUCUGAUGAAAUAGCAAAAUUGCUCAACCAGAAGAUUCACAAGACAGAUGAAGUAAAGGACUUGGAUUUUUAUGCUUUUUCCUACUAUUAUGACUUGGCUGCGGAUGCUGGUUUAAUAGAUAGUGAAAAAGGAGGGACUCUGGUAGUCAGUGACUUUGAAACUGCAGCAAAGAAUGUUUGCAAAACCAUGGAGAUUCAACAAGGAGAGCAGCCUUUUCUCUGCAUGGACCUCACUUACGUUAGUUUGCUAUUGGAAGAAUUGGGCUUUCCAAAGAACUGCAUUCUUAAGCUUGCUCGAAAAAUCAACAACACUGAAACCAGCUGGGCAUUGGGAGCAAUCCUUCACUACAUGGAUUCACUUCACAUGCUGCAAUAUUAGGGCUUUUGGCAUCCCGGGGGAUGUGGCAAGUCUGUGUCCUUCUACACAGAUGUAAAUCUACUCAGUUCUUUGGGUCACCAACUACAGCAAGCGCUGCUACUACUAUGAUCAGUAAACUACUACUGUUAGACUAGGGGAGAUGCAUAUAUGCCUUGAUCUAGCUCAGCAGUACACUCUGGUAUUUCACCUUGGAUAAUUCAGCAUAGCAGUACACUCCAUGGAGUCAUAUAUCUUUUUAAAGUGUCACUGGAAAUCACUGGCUAUUGUUCUGGAAAACAAUAGGCCAUGGCAGCUAAAACCCAGUCUUGGAUGGCAGAUCAGAGACUAAACUGGAUGAAUGUAAAAAUCCUCCUGUGAGUCAUGAUGGGACUUUGUUCAUGUUCGAAUUGUCCUGUGCUCUCUGUGAGAAAAGCACAUCAGUCAAGCAUUUUUCCCUUGCUGCUAGCAAACUGACGCUAGUGUCAAAAACAAGUGCACCUUUUUUAUUACAUAUUUUUAUGUGUCAUGGUGACUUGCUUUAAUUUUUUUAAAUGUGAAAACUAACUUAUCUCUUUUAAAAUAUUAUUUUGUUUAGUCAGAUCUAUGAUAAUGAGACUUAUUUUUUGAAAGCUGGUUGGACACUUAUAUAGAAUGCUAUUUGUGUACUGAGUUAUUUUGAAAGCACUGCUAUGGUUUAAAGGUCUGUUCCACAAGUCUUUCCAUGGCUUUAGCUUCUUCAGUGGUGGUUGUUUGCAAAUCCACAAUGUAGUAGGUAUAUGUUUGAAGGCACAGGCAAACUGUGUACACAGCUUGGAAAAAUGUUUUUUGAUUUUGUUUUUAUUACAGCUCCCAGUGCAAAGGACUGCAGAAAUUGUUGAAGUUGUAAUCCUAAAAAGUCACUUUUCCAAGCUGUGACAGCUUGCCAGUGCCAUGCUGGAUUGCUUAUCCAUGUCCUUAUGGACAAACAAACAGGUGACUUGACCACACAUUCUAUAAACGCCUUCUGAAAAAAUUCAGGAUGCUCUGUCUGUAUGUAAAAUUUCUAGAACUGGAACGGUGAGUUAAACAGUCUAAAGUGUUAACUGGUCAUGUAAAGAAUUAGAUUACCCUGCCAUAACCCCCCUUUAAAUUUCAAAAGGGGAAAUUCACUCCUAGAACUGCCUGUGUAGGUUCUGUCUGCAUCAGGAGUAUCUUUAGAUUUUGAUUCCCCUCUAUUCUUGGAAUUUGGAACAUUGUGCCUUAACUGUACUUCAGCCUUAGUCUCCAUUGGCUCUUGGUUAGGGGAUUUGAGCUGCUAAGUCAAAUAGCUACAUUUAGACUAGCCAGUGUAAUAGUGUCUAGUCAGGACAAGGAAUUAGGAGUCCAUUUCUGACAUUAAAAACCAAAAUAAGUGAUGAUUUCCACUUAUCUAAUCAAACUACUCCUUGCUUAGUCUCCUAAAUGCUAUGGUGUUUGUACCCUUUCAUCUCCUCUUCCUAUGCUCUGACAACCAUUUUCACUUUUGAAUAACACAGUGGAUUAUUUACUUCUUAUUUGCAUUAUUGGGAAUAGUCAGUUUCAGGUAGAAAGUUAAAUAACAUAAUUACACCUUCUUACUAAUUGAUAUCCCCAAGGGAUCAAAGAGCCAUCUAGUUCUGAACAAAGUGAAAGCCAAAUUGAACUUUACAGUUCUUAGUCAGUACAUGAAACACUGGGUCAUGAUAGCAGAUCUCUCAUGAAAUUUAUUAGCCAAUCAGAGGACAAAUGAUUGUGGGGAUAGAAUCCGAAUGACUAUCAUCCAAGGCGUUCUUUCCUGCGCAGAAAACUGUUUGCUUUAUGCUUUUUGGAGACACUGAUGGGUGAGGGAUGCAGCCUAAAGAUUUUUGAUAGUGAUUGACUAUGUGCACUUCCAAUUCUUUUGUUACUGAUUUAAGUUAAUAUAGUGUGACUCUUCAGCAUUAUACAUACGUAAAUUUCCUAGGGAGUUCAGAUGUUUACAAGGUUUCUUGAGCUGCCAAGGAGAACUUUAGUUUAAACUGUGUUCCUUCAUGUGAACCUUGCCUUCCUUUUAAGUAAAUGAAUGUAUAUAUUUGUUGUGCUGAGCAAAGAUCAUAGAAAACUAUGCUAAAACUACAGACAAAACUAUAUGUGUGUCAUUAAGAACCAUUCGGCUUUUAAAAAUGCAUGUAGGGGGGAACACUAUCACAGCAGCCAGAGAAAGGAGAAGCUUUAAUAUUCCCUCCCCCAUUGGUCCCAAUUAAAAAUUGCCUUCCUUUCCUCCUAGCCCUGUUGUGGAGACUUCCCAUUGUGUUAUUGUGGAGCUUUUUGCUACAAGCAAGCAUGGGGUGGUAGGUAUUUGUAGCUGGGACCCUCCUUUCUGUCAUUCCAGUAAAAGCACGCCUGCUGCUAUUAAAAACUGACAUGGUUCAUAAUGGCACAUUUAGCAUCACAUGUAGUUUGGUGCUAAGGUGAGAAGCAUAGCAAACUUGGUAACACUUCAGUUCUUUCACCAUAUUGUAAAGACACCUGAUAUGGUGAAGAGAAAGGCUUUUGAUUGUUCAGUAACAUCAGUACAUAUGGCCUCAUGUCCAUGUGUAUUUUGUAGAGCACUUCAAAUUAACAGCUCUGAAUAAUCUGAUCUGCAAACUACUGUAGCUAACAGAAUGUCUUUUUGUAUGCACAGACUCUUAUGUGAGAAAAAUCCGAUAGCAAAGCUUUGCUUAACAUUUGAUUGUAAUUGAAGCAACAUAUGUCUGAAUGCAUUUUGGAUAUUCAAAAGAAAAAGAAAGUAUUGUCAGUAAAAAGAAAAAGAAAAGAAGAAGACGAAAUUGAACACUGGUACUGUCUGAUUGAAGCGGAAGACAAUCUCGUCAUUCUGACUUUCUGGAGCAAGCUUGUUUUCUGGUGCUCCAAAGACUAGGACCCAGAGCAAUGGAAGCAAGCUGCAGGAAAAGAGAUUCCACCUCAACAUUAGGAGGAACUUCCCGACAGUAAGAGAGAGAGGUGAUACAUUGGAUAUGAGUGAAUGGCAUCUUUAAACUGGAACAAUAACAAAAACACUACAGUAAGGGCUGUUCGACAGUGGAACACACUCUUUCCUCGGAAUGUAGUGGAGUCUCCUUCAUUGGAGGUCGUUAAACAGAGGCUGGAUGGCCAUCUGUCGGGGAUGCUUUUCAUUUUAUGUGCAAUCAUGGAAGGGUUCACAUGUUUAAGACCCCUUACAAUAAUUUAAACAGUCUUGGAUGCAUUGGCAGAAGGAAGUUUAUAACUAGUAUCUCAUCCUGCUACAGGGAAGUAGAAGUGCAGCUACCCUCACUGUAGGCCUCUUAGGUAGGUUAGUCUGAGAGAGAAUGAGGAAAAUCUUAGUCUCUGCCAUGCAGUGAGGUCCUUGGCAAAGUGGAGAUUCAAAAACAUCUCUCUAAUUCAAGGUGAACUCUAAGAUUCCGUUUGCUACACCUCAGCAGUGCUAUGUUUUGCCUUAUUACAUGGAGUAAAAUUUCCUAUUCACGCUGUACUUUAUAUGCCUAAGAGGUAAGCAGUCCAGUUGUACUGCACCCUGAUCUAUGCAUGAGUCAAAAUGAAAUAGUAGGAAGUGCUGCAUCAUUUGAGAUACCUCUGGAAACAUAAAAUUAGUCCAUUGGGGGAUAUAUUUUUUCCCAGCUCUUUGCCUGCUGUUGUGGCUCUAUGUGCAGGGAAUUUUUUAAAAAUAAAAUCAAGUUAACCAUCAGAACUCAAAAACUACAAUACAUUCAACCCCUAUAUUCUAUUGCAUGUGUAGAAUUGGUUUUGACUUCUGCAAAAUCUUGCUCCUACUAAGGGAAGCAGUACCUUCCUGUCAGUCAUUUGUAAGUAACCCCAUGAACGUUCUGCAUAACCUCACACUUUACUCAACCUGUUCCUUGUAACACCACUCAAAAAGUACAUGGGUAUAUGAAUGUCUAUUUGUGCCUUCAAGUCACCUGCUAACUUACCUCCUGGUAAAUUGUAGGGCUUAUUUCAAGGAAACGUAGAUUAGGAGGCAAAAUGGUUAGAUAGCAACUCUUUGUAAAACUCCUUUGGUUUGAUUUUUAACUAGUGUUAGGAGUCCUAGAGAUGUUUCCCAAGGCAGUUAACAUAGCUAAUGUUCUGCCAAUUAGUUAAAAGGGAAAAUAGGAUGACUCAGGCAGCUGUUGUGAUUUACAAAGAAAGGACAAGGGUUAAGAAAUCAAAUAGCUGUGAAUGGAAAAAGAAACAAGUUGCCUUGAAAAGUAGAUGACUCGGUUUACAAAUGGGGGCAGAGGGUUAAGCUCUCAUCAUUAACAUCAUUUUGGUUUGGUUCCAUUAUCUUGUUUGGAAAGGGAAUUUCCUUGAGGUUGAGCAUUCAGAGCAAGACAGAAAAAUCAAACAGAUCCUCAUUAGCGAACAUCUCAGAUGCAUAUACUUGCAUAUAUUCUUCCUAAAGGGAGACAUGAGCAAAUACAUCCAAGUAGGCUCAUACACCUAUGCAGUUUAUCUGUGUCAUGUCCAGCCAAUUUAAAUAUGUGCUACUUUUAGGGAUAGCAUGAACUAUUUAAAAGACAAAUAAAUGGGUCCGAGGGUAAAUUGAGAUGCAAUUUCUGAGUCUUCUAGGGCAGCCCCACAUCGCAGUAAUCUCAUCAGCAGGUUACCAGCCCAUACACUACUGUGGAUCGGCUAUCUCUGUCCAGGAAAGGCCAUAGCUGGCACAUCGGUUGAGCAUGGUGCCAAGCAUUUCCAGCCUCAGAGUCCACCUGGGCUUUCAGUGACAGAGAUGGAUCUAGGAGCAUUCCCAAGCUACACACCUGCUCCUUUGGGAAGAGUGUAACCCCAUCCGGAACAGGCUGUUAACCCAAUUCCAGGAUCUGACACAAUAAUCCAUAGUGUCUUCGUUUUAUUAGGAGUCAACUUCAGUUUAUU